CAAUAGUGAAGAUGAUAUUAGUAAUUAUGAUAUAAGUGAAAAAAAUUGUAAUACUGAUCAUCAGUCGGCUAUAAAUAAAUUACACUGGUUUAGUAAUGAUUUGGAAAAUCUUCUUAAAGAAGAUGACCCUGCAUUAGAAAAAAGUCUUCUUUCUUUGAAACAUGUGAUUGGAAUACAAGUUGAGUUAAUAACAAUGGGUAUCAACGUGAGGGAAAAAGGAUUAAAGUGCAAGUUGCCGCAACCUCUAGAC